AUGCUGUCUGCCAGAGCAACGUUUCAGAAGAGCACAAGUCUCUCUCGAAGCGUUACGAGAGGCUUAGCUACCGUUCAAGAUGGCGGCGCCGCACGAACAUACGGAGGGCUGAAAGAUCAGGACCGGAUCUUCCAGAAUCUCUACGGACGACUCCCCGUUAACCUCCAGAGUGCUAAGAAGAUGGGCGACUGGCACAAGACUAAAGAAAUUCUUUUGAAGGGCGACGAAUGGAUUAUCAGCGAGAUCAAGGCAUCUGGUUUACGCGGGCGAGGUGGUGCCGGUUUCCCCUCUGGUCUCAAGUGGUCUUUCAUGAAUUUCAAAGGCUGGGAAAAGGAUACGAAGCCGCGGUACCUUGUGGUCAAUGCCGACGAGGGCGAGCCUGGCACUUGCAAAGACAGGGAAAUCAUGAGAAAAGAUCCGCAUAAACUGGUUGAAGGCUGUCUUGUUGCCGGUCGAGCAAUGAAUGCUACCGCCGCUUAUAUUUAUAUCCGUGGCGAAUUCUACCAUGAAGCUGCCAUUCUCCAGAAUGCCAUCAACGAAGCUUACGCCGAUGGCUUGAUUGGCAAAAACGCUUGUGGUUCCGGCUACGAUUUCGAUGUCUACAUCCACCGGGGAGCUGGCGCCUAUGUCUGUGGAGAGGAGACGUCUUUAAUUGAAUCCAUAGAAGGCAAGCCCGGAAAGCCACGACUCAAGCCUCCUUUCCCUGCCGCCGUUGGUGUUUUCGGAUGCCCCUCAACUGUUGCCAAUGUGGAAACCGUUGCCGUUGCGCCAACUAUUUGUCGCCGCGGAGGAAAUUGGUUCGCAGGAUUUGGCCGCGAGCGUAACCAAGGAACUAAACUGUUCUGCAUUUCAGGCCACGUGAACAACCCCUGCACUGUUGAAGAAGAAAUGUCCAUCCCUCUUCGUGAACUCAUUGACAAACACUGCGGCGGAGUCCGCGGCGGCUGGGAUAACCUGCUGGCUGUUAUCCCCGGUGGCUCAUCGACCCCAAUCCUGCCAAAAAAUGUUUGCGACGAUCAAUUGAUGGACUUUGAUGCCUUGAAAGAUAGCCAAUCUGGUCUGGGCACGGCGGCAGUCAUUGUCAUGGAUAAGAGCACCGACGUUGUGCGCGCCAUUAGCCGCUUGAGCCAUUUCUACCGACACGAGAGCUGCGGCCAGUGCACACCGUGCCGUGAAGGUAGCAAGUGGACUGAGCAGAUCAUGAGCAGGUUUGAGAAGGGCCAGGGAAGAGAGAGAGAGAUCGAUAUGCUUCAGGAGCUAACAAAACAGGUUGAGGGUCACACCAUCUGUGCUCUCGGCGAGGCUUUUGCUUGGCCGAUACAGGGUCUCAUUCGUCAUUUCAGACCCGAAUUAGAAGCAAGGAUGGAGAGUUAUGCCAAGGCCAGCGGUGGACCAGCUUUGGCCGGUGGGUGGGAGCACAAUUCAAGAGCUCAAGGAAGACUAGUUUCCCCGGGCCAGUAA